UCAUGUAAUAAAAUGCGGAAGAAAACACGGGAGGGGGGAAAAGAAGCUUCCCGACGUGGCGAUCUUGUGCUGUAAACAAGUUCAAGACUCAAGGAAUCCUGUCAAAUUGCUGCAUGAGAAUAAAAUAAUCUAGUUGAAUUUAUUGUGUUUAGCAAAGCAACUCGUGGUUAUCUUUUCGGGCUAUAUAUCGCGUGACAUAAAAUUGGACAGUGCAGCGUUCUUCUUUUGCGUAAAAGCAGAAAUGGAGGACUGCGGUGCUCUUUUCGCCACCGAGAGGUACGGCAGUGGCGAGUCGUGGCACUACGUUGCAAAGGACGGAGCCAUGGAGAGCAGAAGGGACGGCAGGGAAGAUGAAUCGAGAGGAAAUUCAUUUGGGGGGCUUUUUAAAAGCGUAUUUCUGCCUCAAGGCUAUCCAGAGAGUGUGAGUGGAGACUACUUGCAGUACCAGUUUUGGGAUACUGUGCAGGCCUUCUCGAGCUCUCUGUCAGGAACACUGGCCACCCAGGCGUCCCUCAGAGGCGUCGGUGUGGGAAAGCAGGAAGCCACAGUCGCUGCGGCCACAGUCACCUGGCUGCUAAGAGAUGGAACCGGCAUGUUGGGAAGGAUCGUCUUUGCCUGGUUAAAAGGGUACAUCUCAGCACUGCGCCUUUCAGUCAGAGGUGGAAAAAGGACUAGGGUAAUCUUUGUUAAUGGUGCGUCUGUCUUAGGAACAAGUUGGACUCUGAGGCCAAGAAAUGGAGACAUUCUCAAUGACUUCGCCAUGUUCAUGGAAAUACUGGCACCGUUCUUCCCGGCCUGGUUCACCUUAAUUGCGUGCACGUCAGGCCUUUUCAAGGCUGUGGUGGGCGUAGCGGGCGGAGCCACCAGAGCUGCCCUGACCGCCCAUCAAGCUCGUCGAGACAACAUGGCCGACAUCUCCGCCAAAGACGGCAGUCAGGAGACUUUGGUAAAUCUGGCCGGACUGCUGGUCAGUUUGAUCCUCAUUCCGCUCGUCACGGACAACCCAGCAUUAACCAUCAGCCUCUUCUUCCUCUUCACCGCCCUCCACCUGUUUGCCAACUAUAAGGCGGUGCGUUCGGUGGUCAUGGAAACGCUGAACGAGGAGCGGCUCAGCAUCGCGCUGCGGCGCUUCCUCCACGACGGACGCGUCCUGACGCCAAUGGAAGCCAAUCGGCAGGAACCUGUCUUUUUGGAGUUUAGGAAAACCUUACCUAUCAAACUUGGCGUGAGGCUUCAGGAAGUUGUCCAAAGCCCGGAGGAGUUCCGUUUGGCUUUGAUGAGAAAGGGUGCGCCAUUCCUGCUGGGCAUCACAAACGGCUGCGUACGCGUGUGUUUGGCAGCGCACGCACGCACACGAGAUGAAAUCAGAGCCACGUGUCAAGCCAUUUGGCUCAGCGACGUGUUGAGUCCACGGAGACAACAUGGUUUGUCGGAAAUGGUGCACAAGAGUUACAAGUUGAUGGACACCGAGUUUGAUGCUUUUCACAAAGGUUUGGAAGCCGCCGGGUGGGAUGUGACGAGAACGCUGCUGGACUGGGACGAGUGGCGACUCGAGUGGAAGCCAAAAAUCAGAUAACACCCGCAAAUAUCUCAGUGUGUCAGACAAAUGAAAUCAAUCUCAUAUGAUUGACAGUGACGUCAGUUUUUAAUAAAACAUUUUUUUUUUCUUCAUAUUUU